AUGGUCGCGAAAUUAUACGAUCCGUUAGGGUGGGUAACUCCGAUUAUUGUUUCUAGCAAGAUUUUCAUGCAACAGUUAUGGCGCGCUCGAAUCGGAUGGGAUGAGCAAAUUCCUGAUGAUCUUUUCCAUAACUGGAGCAGGCUCUACACAAGGCUUUCGCAUCUCAACAACCUGCAUCUUUCUCGGUGGACCGGAAUAACCGCGGAAACAUCUCAAGUGGAAUUGCAUGGUUUCGCCGACGCUUCCACACUCGCGUACGCUGCCGCGGUAUACCUCAAGGUCACAUCUGCUACCGGUCAAAUUACAAUAUCCCUGCUCGCGGGAAAAUCAAAGAUCGCGUCGAUCUCUCCCCUUACCGUUCCUCGCCUUGAGCUAUCAGCCGCGCUGCUUCUAACUCGUCUAACGAACUUCGUUCAACGUUCGCUUCCCAUCGAACCCGUGUCCGUCACGUGCUGGAUGGAUUCGACUAUCGUCCUCGCGUGGAUACGCUCUCAUCCAUCUCGAUGGAAAGUUUUCGUUGCUAAUCGAGUACACGAAAUUCAGUCUGGUUUGCCGGACGCUGAAUGGCGUCACGUGCCUACUCAGGAAAACCCCGCGGACUGUGCGUCGCGAGGAUUAUGUGGCGAUGAACUGCUCGCUCAUUCUCUUUGGUGGCAAGGGUCCUGGCUUGCGAAGGCGAGAGGAGAAUGGCCCGAGGAGCCUCUGCCGAAGCCUGUCGAUUCCCAAGUCGAAGCGAAGAUUAUCGUUUCGCAUGUCUUGCAGACGCGCGCUCCGUGGGAUCUUUCUUCGCGAUACGCGUCGUGGGCCACCUUGAUCAGCGUUACUGCAUAUAUUAUCAGAUUCAUCGAUGCAUGUUGUCGUCGUCGAGGCGAUGAUCAAUCUAUCAAGUUACUGGGGCGUGCCCUCUCCUCCGCCGAAUGUAGCUUAGCUAAAACGUUUUGGAUCAAGCGAAUUCAAUCGGAAUUGUAUUUAAACGAAAUCAAUAGACUAACUAAUCAUCAAAACGUCGCAUCUAAAAGCUCUAUCGUUAGUCUACGCCCAUUUCUCGAUCAGGACGGCGUUGUGCGUGUUGGGGAUCGCUUACGACACGCCCUCAUUCCCUUUCGCGUGCGACAUCCGAUAUUACUUUUCUCGCACCCGUUAGUGCAUCUUAUUAUCUCGCAAGCGCAUCUACGUGUCUUGCACGGUGGAACGCAGCUCACUAUGAGCACUCUUCGUCAAGAUUAUUGGAUCAUUCGCGCGCGAAGCCUCGUGAGAUCCGUGAUUCAUAAAUGCCUGAUCUGCGCUCGAGAACGUGCCGCGGUGCCCACGCAACUCAUGGGCGAUCUGCCGUCUAUGCGCGUUUCACCCUCGCCGCGCAGUUUUGCGCAAUGUGGCGUCGAUUAUGCUGGGCCGGUUCAGGUACGCGCAUCCGCCGGUCGAGGUGUUGCAUCGCGAAAGGCCUACAUUGCUUUGUUCGUUUGUCUCGCCACGCGCGCGAUCCAUUUAGAAUUGGUUAGCGAUUACUCGUCUCCCGCUUUCCUAAAUGCGUAUGUGAGAUUCUGCUUGCGUCGAGGUCUUCCGCGCACCAUGUACUCAGAUAACGGGACGACCUUUGUCGGUGCUGAGAAAGAACUUAAGAAAGCCUAUCAUUCAGCUCUUCGCAAUCCUCAAUUUUUAAAUAAAACCGCGUGUGACAACGUUCAGUGGCUGUUUAUUCCGCCAUCCGCGCCGCAUUUUGGCGGGAUGUGGAAAGCCGGCGUGCGUAGCGUGAAACAUCACUUACGUCGCGUCAUCGACAAACAUACCCUUUUUGUUCGAAGAAUUUUCUACGCUCUUAUGCACCAUCGAGGCGUGCUUAAACUCGCGCCCCAUCGCUCCCUUGUCUGA